GCGCCCCGCCCGCCGCUGCCGCAGUGGGCCGGGCCCGGGACCCGCCGCGGCGCUGAGGGGGCCCGUCCCGCAGGAGCGGCGGGCAUGUCGGCGCUGGAGUGGUUCGCGCACAAGCCCCUGGGCGGCGGCAUCUUCUGGAUCCAAGAACGUUUCUACGAAUCGGGCAACCGGGCCAACAUCUGGCUGGUGCGGGGCUCGCAGCGGGACGUGGUGAUUGACGCGGGGCUGGGGCUGCGCAGCCUGCCCGACUACCUGCGCGCCUCCGGGCUGCUGGCGCCGCAGGAGGGGGCCGCGCCGCGGCCGCUGCUGGCCGUCGCCACCCACGUCCACUUCGACCACUCCGGCGGGCUGCAGCACUUCGAGGAGGUGGCGGUGCACAGCGCCGAGGCGGCGGCCCUGCUCAGAGGAGACAACUAUGAGGCCGUCACCUGGCUGUCGGACCGGGAGGUGGCGCGGCCGCCGCGGCCCGGCUGGCGGGCUCGGCACUUCCGCGUCCCGCCGGUGCGGCCCAGCCGGCUGCUGCAGGAGGGGGAUGUGAUCAGCCUUGGAGACCGACAGCUUACUGUCAUGCACAUGCCUGGUCAUUCAAGAGGCAGUAUUUGCUUACACGACAAAGACCGGAAGAUUCUGUUCAGCGGUGACGUGGUGUACGAUGGAUCCAUGAUUGACUGGCUUCCCUACAGCAGAGUAAGUGACUAUGUUGCAAGCUGCCAGCGCCUCAUGGAGUUAGUGGACAGAGGUCUCGUGGAGAAGGUACUGCCUGGGCACUUUAACAUAUUUGGGGCAGAAAGGCUGUAUCGGUUAGCUUCCAACUACAUUUCGCAAGCUGGAGUUUGUCACAAGGUUUCUACUUGUGCCAUGAGAUCCAUUGCGAGUAUAGCACUUCGCAUUACAAAUUCAAGAGUCACUUCGUAGUGACAGUACGUUUUGUGUGAUCUAUUCCCUGCUGAAAAACCACAUGGCUUGUGAAAGUGUUGAUACAAGCAAAAGCAGUAUGUAUUAUUAAGGAGCUGGCAAAUUGAUACAAAUAAACUGCAAAAAUUCUCCCUAUUUUUGCCUACUUUAUUCCUAUUUUUAUAAAAAGUACAUAAGCUAGUAGCUUCAACCAAAGCUACCAUUCUUCUAUUUUUUCAGGACAUGUUUGCACAUGUACUGUGAUUGAAAUAUUGGUUUAUUUUUGUUACGUUUCUGACAGACGCAUAUGUGCCAAAAUGAGAGGUUUUCAUGCCUGAAACCUUGUUGAUGUAGCACUAGGCUUACGACUGUUCACUCAGCUCCUGCUCAGGUUUUGGCCUAACUGAACUUGUGCUAAGACCUGGUGUUUGUGGGGAACAGCACCAUUAGGUCAAACUAAGAGCAACACCUGCACAGGACUGGGUGGACAGAAACAGUUAAGGGACAUUCCACAGCUAUUUUGUCACCUGCUGCUUGCUGUCUGCUGCACCCCUCAUUGCCUGCAUCUUUGCAAAGUAGCUGUCUGACACGGCUAACCUAUGUAAAUGCUGUAGACCAGACUUCCAAGCUGGAAGGUAUAGAUACAUCAGCUUACCCAAAAAGCUUUUGAUGCGGAUCCAAGAGCAGAUGGACUGUUGAGGCUUUCAUGCGUCUUGGUGCGGUGCAGGGAAUGCCUGCAUCAUGACAGAGGAGCAAGAAAGAGCACUCUCGCCGUCAGCUAGGGAACUGUUUUGCUUAUAGGUGUGCUUGUUAGGUUUAAUGUGUUAGACUAGCCUGUGCAAAGUGGAUUGAGCCCUUGCUUGAUGUGUUUGUGUUUUUUCUGAUGAGCUCAUAAAAAAAAUAAUUAUUAGUAUGUUGUUCUUUAAAUUUGAGGGAACUGGAUUGUGACAAGCUAAAGGCUUUAUUUGUGUUUAAGAGUAUUUUUAUGUGACUGGAUUGUAACUUGUUAAUGCUUUGUGACAGGGGAUGGGGGCUUAGCAUAACCUUGUGCUACUGCAGGUGCUGGAUUAAACAGCCAGUAUGCUUGUUACCACAAAGUGAAUGUAAUUUAAACUGUUUACUGUUUGUUUAUGAAGCGUUUGGUGCAUGUGGUUUUUAUGAAAAGUGCAUUGCGUUUAUCUGUUCCAAAAAAAAGUUGAACACAUUGAGAAAUGAUAAAUGACGUUGUAACUUGCUUAUCGAAAUGGAAUGUGUGAUACUUAAAAGCUGUUGAAAUGGUUAGUUUGUGUAAUUAUUCUAACAGUAUAUACGUAUUUAACUUUUUUAAAAGGACACUGUCUGAGGUUAUUUUUGUAUGUAGGCAUAAAUACUUUCCUGAAAAGGAAUGCAAAUGUUUUUCCCAAACUUCAGUGCAGUUUAACUUUAUUUGUUUAGCUUUCACUUCAUGAGGAAGCUUUUCCUCCCUCUCAUCAAACCCAAGAGAAUAGGAGCCCAGAGUCUGGGCUCUCUUUAAGGCAUGGGGGAGUGGAAGUUGAUACCCUUAUUAGGUGUAAAUCCUGGUGAAAAAAACAGUUGUAAAAUAAAAACCAUCUGUCUAAAAAUUAUGAAAGAGAAUAUUUUACGUAAUGCUUUUCUCCUUUCACGGAUUACUGCACUCCUGCCUUUACUGUUGAAUACGUUUUUCACCAGGAUUUGUACUGAUAGGUUGUGAUGUGCCUAGUUCUUGUUAGCAGUGCCUAUCUCCAAACUGAAGUAAAACUGUGAGCGGUCAGGUCAGGUGCAGCAACGCAGCACUUGUAAGACCUGUUACCACUCAGGUCAUAGUUCUUUUUUGGAGGAAUGCAAGUACAUCAGUGUAUUACAUGAGGAGCGCUUACUCAGUGACAGACUUCGGUAAUAAAUGAAGCCAAGAGUUUUUUAUCUUGGUCUCAUUUGGCCAGAGGAAGAAAUAUAAAAGGUUAGCCUGGGAAGCCAUUCAGUGAAGAGGCUGAGAACAAACUCCACAGUGUGGUUUUCCUUUAGCCUGCUGACGCAUCCUGCUGUUACAUAGCAGUUCAGAUCACGUUCUUGGUAGCCAAGGGUUCACCAUGGGCAACCACAGAUCUGAGGUGGCAAGCAGGAAAGUCAGAAUGGCUGAAGAAAUAGGUAUUACUGGAGAUUACGCCAGUUAUCCGGAUGAAGCCAUGGUGUCACAGGUUACCCAGCAGUAACUGGAUUCCUUCAAAUUAGCCAUCUGUGGUGUAACACCAGUAGUAAUCUUGCUCUGUGCUUUUGUGAAGUGUAGGAGCACUGGUGAUAACCCUGUGCAACAAUGCAGACAGAGAGACCUCUUCUGUCACGAAGCCUGCUAAUACGUAUGCCAGUUGCUAAAAUUAUGCAAAUGUUCAUCAGGAGCCUGAGAUCACACUGAAUUAACAUUUUUUUGUGUUAAACCACCAUUGGUUUGUUUAUUUGAUCCACUGUUAGAAGCCCUAUAGCAAGAUUUUACUGUAUUGUAAAAGCUGAGCUGCUAAGAGAAGGCUCACUGGCAUGCCAAUUCAAGAGGAAAGACGCCCUCCAUCAUUUUUGUUUAUGUCUGUGCUCAGUAUCAGCCACAAGAUCCUUAAAUGCCCAGAUCACUGACAAAAUGCCCUGUUAAGCCAUGCUUAAGUCCAUCAAGUAUAUACAGGUAACAGCAAUUGCCAGGGCUUUUUUCCUUGACCAAAAUCUAGGAAAUAAUUUUCUAGCUCUGAAUUGAGCUUUACCUGAACAUAGCCUAAAAUGGAGCAUGUUAGUAAACUGCUGUCAUAAUCUAGUUGAAAGUAGCUUUUGAGGGUCUCAAAAUUAUUUUUGUAUUCUAAGAAAUUUACUCCUACGUAAAUGAUAUGUUUUAAGUAUAAAAAAAUGGCUAUUUUUGUUAAGAAUUACCAAGUUUUAGUCAGAAGAGUUUGACAGUGUUCUUUUAACACUACUUGAUUUAAAUAUUUAAAACACAUGUUGUAAGUUUAAAUAUUGUAACAUCUUGGGCAUUUAGAUCUGUGUUGAUUUAUUUGUAAAAUCUAAAUUUAUGUUAAUGCUGUUAAUGCAGUUUUCAGGAACUGGCAAAUUGGAUGGCAAGUUUUGCUCUGUAAUCUGUCAAGACUUUUGUGAUAUUAACAACUUACAAAUAAAAAAAUAAUUUUAUGUCAAUAAUCAUAAUAAAAAAAGUUAUACUCCUGUA